UUGAAUAUAAAGCUGGUGUCUGAUUCAUUGCUGCUUACACAAGUGAAGGAAAGAAGAAGAAUUUCGAGAAAUCAAUCGAUUAAUCGAUCGAAUGGAGGAGCCCCAAUCUGCUCAAUCUGCCCAGUCUGGAAAGCUUCUUCGGUAUGCUCUCCGUUCGGGGACUAAAUCGAAGGAGGAGAAGCCGCCGGUGGCGGCCGCUGAACCCUCCCCUAACAAUUCUGCCGCCAAGAGGGAAAGGCCUGCAUCAAAUAUGAGUAAAAGUGUGGGGGUUCUUGAUCUCUCUGGCAAAGACAAGCCUGCCAAGCCGACCCGAAGGUUUUCAAUUCCUUCCAAGCCGCCCACUACUCCGGCUCCGAAACUUGGUGGCAACAUCACUCAGAUUUCCGAGGCUAGAUCAAGGAGGUCUGUGAGAAGUGACUCCCCUGCUUCUUCUGAUGUUUCUAGACCAACAAGCCGGAAGAAGUUUAAUGUUCUGGCCUCACCAUCUUACUGGCUGCAGCAGAUUAAGCUGUCUGAGGCUGCUGGCAAGCACUUGAUUUCACUCGGGUUUUUCAAACUAGCCUUGGAGGCUGAAUGUGAGUCUCUUCAACUGCGUUAUGAGCUCAAAUCUUAUGUUGAUCGCUACGAGCUUAGUGACCUUGAAGACCCUCUGAAGGAAUUACUGGAGAGCAAAAGUGUUGCAGUAAAUGAGCAGGCUCAGGUCUCCGAAACCUGUUCUCAGGUGCUCGAAGAGGGGACUCGAUCUUCUGAUGAUGAUGCCAAGAGCUGCUCUUCUACAAUGGCAAGUGGGAAACUGAAACCCAAGUCAUUGAACAUUAAAGCUGCUCAAGUUUCUCCAGAGAAGGCCACAGCCAAGAAGGAGAUUUCCUCGAAAAGCACUCCAGCAGCCAGGACCAGGUCAUCUUCGGUGAAGAGUACUUCGAAUUCAGGACCUGUAUCUGACAAUGGAGCUCGCGUGUCUACUGUGAAGAAACCCCAGAAGCCAAACGUGCAAGAUUCUAACAAAGUAAAGGACAGGAAGAAGAAGCCGGGGAAUCAAACUGCUUGUGAACAAGACUCAAUUAACCCUGCCGCAGAAGGACUUCAGGAGAACAAAGAAAACCAGGAUGCCCCCUCGACGGAAGCUGCGACUGAAGUGUAAACAUACAGAAAAUGUCGAUGUCAUUCACAUGUUCUUGCUGGGUUUGUAUUCAUUUUGUUCAUUGUGAGGGUUUCCUGUGUAAAGAUUUCGGAGGCUCAAAGUUUUUCGGUCUAUAAGCUAAACAGUAGUAUUUGUCUGCCGUUGGAUUAAAACCGGGCUUUGUUUGGUUAUUGCGAUACAGUUUGCUGGUGAUGUCUUGUGCUGAACCAAAGUAUUUGUUGGUCAAGUCUGUACUAUUUUCUGGCAUAAUCUUAUAUUUUUUAGCUUAGGUAUAGUCUGUGAUUUAUGUUCUGGAUUGAAUUGCAAAUGAGAAUGUCAUGAUUCAAAAGAAA